AGCAACAACCGUCGUCGUCGUUGCCCACGAUGAAGGUCCUCAGCAAGGAAGAGGAGGCGGCGCACUACAAGGUCGUCGUCAAGGGCGGCCUCAUCGGCGGUGCCGCCGGCCUGGCCCUCGGCCUCGGCGGCGUCGUCCUGGGCUCGCGCCGCUACCCGGCCUUCCGCGGGCUCACGCUCCCCUUCCGCACCUUCCUCGUCACCUCGUCGGCGACGUUUGGCGCCAUCGUCAAGGCCGACCGCGACAGCACCAAGUUCCAGCGCUCCCAGGACCCCAUGAGCACGUACCGCGACGCCAGCCAGCGCGCCCAGCAGGUCAUUCGCGACAACGAGUCGGCCUACGAGCGCUUCAUGGGCUGGGGCCGCGAGAACCGCUACAGCAUCGUCUUCGCCUCGUGGAUCGCCAGCAUGGGCAUCGCCCUCGCCAUCGUCGGCCGCGCACCCAUGAGCACCUCGCAGAAGCUCGUCCAGGCCCGUGUCUACGCCCAGGGGCUGACCCUCGCCGUGCUCGUCGUCUCCGCUGCGUUUGAGAUGAACGACGCCAAGCGCGGCAGCGGCCGCUGGGAGACGGUCAUGGUCCUCGACCCCAACGACCCCGAGCACAAGCACCUCAUCGAGAAGAAGAUCCACAAGGAGGAGUACGAGGGUCAAGACCUGUGGAAGGACAUGGUCGAGGCUGAGGAGCGCCGGUUGGCCGCCAAAAAGACCAGCGCGGACUCAAACAAGGCAUAAGCAGGAGACGCCUGCUCGCACCCUAUAUGAAAAUCCAUCCAUAAAAGCCUCUUCGUAAGACGAGCCACACGCUCACAGAUCCAAUGGCAUUGCCCACCAGCCGAAGCGAGAACGCUGCGUAGCAGCAAGCAUACAACAUCUCCCCUAUACCAAACCCCCCGCUUUCCCCGGGCGAACGGCUCGCAAACAUGACCGCACUUGCAGUUGCAUAUCGCCGUUUUUGGACACGGCUUUACACGGGACCCGUUUUUGUUCAACGACCGCUUGUAUACCUAUGUACAGAAGCGGAGAGCUGGCAAAGAGACAAAAGAGGUCUCGGGCCGGGAAGAGAAGCUCCCCUGUACAUUGUACAAUAAAUACUUCUACGAAUCUAACGAAUAGCAUUUUCCAGC